AUGUCUUUCAACAAGCUUUCUCUGCUCUGCACCUUGCCAUUGCUUGCUCUCGGCGCAAAUAUCAAGCGCGCAACGCCCGAUGAGUUUGGUCUUUACGGAUACGGUGAUGGAUUCGGAGGUUUCCCAUUGUUUUACGCUGAUGGGUAUGCGUACUUGGGUGAACCCGCGUCUUCAAACAGCUCGGAUCCUGCCGUCGUAACAUUUUCGCCCAGUGGCUCUGGCACCUCGCAGAGCUGGAUCGGAAACCCUAACACGACGCUCACGAACUACACCGUCUCGUGGUCUGAUGUGACCUUCGCUGUCCCUUCGAACUCAGCUUCGGAUAAACGCAUUCAGUUCCUCACUAGCAAUGACACCGACUCCGAUAUGACCACCACGGGCUUUUACUUCUACGGUCACACUGCCUUUGUGAUCGAAGAUGGCCAGUUGGAGAGCCCGUGGUAUGCUCUUCAAGUCAGUGAGCGUGUCCAUGCGCUGUACUGGAACGACACCAGCCUCGGGCAGGUGCCGGUCAUCCUGAGGAACAUAGCUCCUUCCAACCCAGGUAGUGUGCCGGGAAUUUCUACUGAGGAGUAG